AUGUACUAUGAGCUACAGGGGUUUGAUGGCGAUAUUUUUAAGCCAAACGCGCAAAAUGUUCUGGUAUUUGCUUUUCCUAAAACUGCAUCAAGACAUUGUUCAGGUUCCGGUGAAAAUGGACUGAGCCUUCGUUCGCCAUGCUACAGUACAGUCAACCAGGCUGACAACAAGUUUUUGGCCUUCGUUUUCUCGCGAGCUCGACGCAGAAAUCGCCCCACACUUGCUUCCCCAUGA